GCCCCAACACACAAAGACCUCUCCCUCCCCUUUCUUCAAGUAACGAACAGCAUACAUCCACAUACAAUAUGCCUCCAGGCCUGCCUACAGGAGAGCGCGAUACUCUCCCCUUCAUUCAGUAUCUGUUGCACCGUCUCCGUGACGACCUCCACAUCAACUCAAUCUUCGGUGUCCCGGGUGACUUCAAUCUGCCUGCGUUGGAUUAUGUCGAGGACUUUCCGGGUAUGAAAUGGAUCGGAGCGGUUAAUGAGUUAAAUGGGGGUUAUGCCGCGGAUGGUUACGCACGUGUUAAAGGAGCUGGUGCCUUGGUUACCACUUUCGGAGUCGGCGAACUAUCCGCGAUGAACGCCCACGCAGGAGCCUACGCCGAACAAAUCCCCCUCAUCCACCUGGUGGGGCUCCCCUCCACAUCCCAACUCUCCUCCUCUGAAAUCCUCCACCACUCCCUCGGCCACCCCCACCAGACCCUCCUAUACUCCUCCUUCUUUAAGGAGAUUUCGGGGAGUAUGCUGGUAGUGUCUGAGACUACGAGGGCGGAAGAGAUUGAUAGGGCGUUAGAGAUUGGUGUUCGCAGGUGUUUACCGGUGUAUAUCGCCUUACCACAGGAUCUUGUCGAGAUGCCUCUCAAGAAGGAGGGUUUGAGCAGGCCGUUGGUUAAGGAUAUCGACAACCUCUCCGCUGCCGAAAUGCGUGUGAUCUCCGAGGUCCUCGGUCUUCUCUCCUCCUGCUCCAAACCGAUUAUCAUUGCAGACGCCGGUGCCUCCCGCGAUAACAUCAGUGCCGAAGUUUCCAACCUAAUUUCCUCCCUCCCAACCUGGCCCCUCUUCGUCUCCGCCAUGGGGAAGGGGUCAGUCAACGAACAACAUCCCUCCUUCGCCGGAACAUACAUGGGAACGCUUUCCCUCCCUCCCGUCCGCACGGCGGUCGAGGCUGCGGAUUUCGUGUUGUCCAUUGGGGCUCUUGCGUCGGAUUUUAACACUGGGUUUGGGAGUAUGGAUUUUGAGGGGAAGGUCGUGGUGGAAUUGCAUGCGACUUGGACGAGUGUCGAUGGCUCCACCUUCCCAGGCGUGGGUAUGAAAUCCCUUCUCCCACGUCUCGCCUCCUCCCUCUCCCCCAUCACCUCCUCCGCACCAAUCCCACCCUCCCCCUCCCUAUCCCUCCCACUCCCCACCAUCCGUCCCGCUUCCGACAAGUUCGUCAGGCAUGCAUACUUCUGGCCUCGUGUCGAGAAGUGGUUGAGAGAAGACGAUGUGUUGUGCGUGGAAGCUGGUACAUCGAGUUUUGGAGCGGCGGAUGUAAGGUUGCCGAGGGGAGCGACGAUGUUGUCUCAGUGGCUCUGGGCGAGUAUUGGGUUCAGUGUUGGGGCGACGGUUGGGGCUGCUGUUGCUGCUGCUGAAGGGUUCCAGGAGAAUACCAAGAAGAGAAAGGCCGAGGAGGAGGAGACGGUCGCUUCUAAUGGCGACGGCGCGGAUGAGAAUGGUGGUGACGGUGAAGCGAAAGGGAGAAGGAGGGUGAUCUGCGUCGUCGGCGAUGGUGCGUUGCAGAUGGGUAUCCAAGAAAUCUCAAACUUGGUCCGGUACAACCUCGGCGCAACAAUCUUCGUCGUCGAUAACCGCGGCUACACAGUCGAGAAGUACAUCCGUGGUAUCACGCGUGAGUAUAACGCUAUCAACACCGGGUGGGACUACUCUUCAACGCUUUCCUACUUUGGUUCUGCCUCUUCUUCCUCCCCUGAUUCCUCCGCUUCGUCUGUGUCGACCCAUGUACUCAACACCGAGUCCGAAUUCGACGAGUUCCUCACGACGGAAGCCAAUGCGGACCCCGGGAAUUUGAGGUUCGUGAUCGUGAGAUUCGAGGAUUUGGAUGCGCCGAGGAUGUUGAAGAUGAUGGCGGGGAAGAUGGGGAGGAUGGAUGAGAAGGGAAAUUUGGUUGAGGGUGGAGGUGGCUUGGGAGGGUUGAGAAGGGGGAGUAGGGUUGUUUGA